AUGCAAGACGAGGGGAACGUGCGUGAGCAGGGAGACAACAAGCGACGCCGUCAUGAGGAAAAGGAGGCUCAACCCUCAGGCGAACAAGAUGGAGAACGCGAAUCUGAAGAGAAAGAACAGCCUCCCCCAGAACUUGGCUCUCACGAAGAAUCCUUCGCGCCGCCAGAUGUUCAACCGGAGCAGGCGGCUCCACGCGCAGCGUCUAUCACGUCAGAGUGCCUCAGAUACCACAAUUUAUUUCGAGUAGAUCACCUGAGGGAGCACGCCCUGCAACCCCUUCAUGCCCAUUCAGGGAUGGACCGCUACGCGGUCGCCCUUAUGGAGAGAGUAGCAGCAUCCAACUGCGCACAGAGAUCCCUUCCCCGCGAUAUUCCGUUUGGGGUUAAUUUCUACGCUACUUCCGGAACCAAGCCGUCGUGUUCAAGAGCGACACACCUGUGGUACAGAGGCAUCGACAGCUUCCACGGGCGAUAUCCCGGAACAGAUUGGAAUCGAGGCUCUGGCCUUCAGUUCAUUCAGAUGAUGUGGAGUCGCUCGGACAAGCAAACAUGGGAUGCCAUUCUUCUGCGCCAUCUCCGUUGGCUAGACUAUGGAAGCCCCGGCGCCCGACAGGAGCCUCCUCGUGCGGCGAUCUCCGAGUUGCCGACGGGCAGUGCGGAGUAG